UGUUUUCGGAUAGAAAAAGUCAAAAUCCCAUCUGGGUUUUGCUCAUUUAUCUGAAUAGAGAGAGAGAGAGAGACAGAGAGAGAGAUUUCUGUGUUUUAGUAUAGAAAAGGUGAAAAUCCCAUCUGGGUUUUGCUCAUUUAUCUGAGAGAGAGAGAGAGAGCGAGAGAGAGAUGUUGGAAGGGAAAGCUCUAGUCCAAGACACAGACAUGCCAGUGAAGAUGCAGCUACAAGCCAUGACCGCUGCCUCUCAAGCUCUCGACCUCUACGAUGUUCUCGAUUGCAAAAGCAUUGCUGCCCACAUCAAAAAGGAAUUCGACAAAAAAUAUGGGUCUGGUUGGCAAUGCGUGGUGGGCUCGAAUUUCGGUUGCUUCUUCACACACACUCAAGGAACCUUCAUCUACUUCUGUUUGGAGACUCUCAAUUUCCUCAUCUUCAAAGGGGCCUCUUGACCAUCUUUCCUAUUUCCCAAAAUACCCCUUCUCUGGCUUUGGUGCGGUUGUAUUAAUUAGAGAAAGGGGGUAAAAUGUCCAAAAAUCCCCACUUGGGUCCUUGUAUUCUCAUCAAAAACAUCUUUCUAUUUCCCAAAAUACCCCUCUUCUUCUGUGGUCUUGGUGGGGUUGUAUUGAAUAGAGAAGGGAUAAAAAUGUCCAAAAAUCACGACUUGGGAUCUUUUGAUUCCAUAAAAACUGCAUGUAAGAAAGGAAAGAGCAGUACUGUAAUGCUUUAAUGGAGCUUUUCUACGGCUCCUGAUGUAUGUAUAGAGGAGUACUGUAGUGCUGUAAUGAAGCUUUUCUACAGCUUCUGUA